AUGGCCUCCGCAACGACGGCCGCGGCCUCAAAGACAGUUCGCCUAUUUGACCCUACAACGGCCGUCACAAAGCAUGCAGUACGAUUCCCAAGGACGCAAGGCAAACAGAUUCAGGGAAAAGUUCGGUUUCCCAAUUCCCAGGCAGCCAAAAACUUCGGACAGCAGGAGAGCACCAGGUUAAAGAAAGCGCUUCAACACAUCACACAUGGGAAGAACAUAUUCGCCUACAGCAACUUCCGCACAAACCAGGUGGUCUACUCGCUUUCACGGUCUUUAGAUUCACAAAAUGUCCUAUCACAGCUGGUAUACCACGGCAAGAAGACCGUGCCUGCUGGCCUUCGUAAGGACAUGUGGGUGCCGUACUUCUCAGUACAUUUCCCUACUCCAACACUCGGCCUCGAGGCAUACAAGCUUCUACGGGAGUUUUCUCGCCAACGGCAGUUUGAACCACCAGCUCAAUUAAUCACAAAUUCCAAAGAAUCAUUGGAGAGGAAACGGCCUCAAGGUUUGGACGAAGCUAAAAAAUGGGAAAGACAGAUGAGCUGCCGAAUUGGCCAAAUAAUGGAGAAGAAAGAUCGCGCAAAAGUGUUGAUGGACCAGAAAGCCACAAGUGUUGCCGAUACUGCUGCCGUCUUGGCAAUUCAAGCCCAACGAGAACGACAGAAUCGACAGCAGGAGGAGGGAGAGGAGGAAGCAUCAACCGAAGAUGGAAAUCCGAAGGAGAAGAAAUUAUCCCACAAGGCCAGACGGCGUGUGAUACGAGCACAAAAACGACAGCAGGCACAUGAAGAACUGGUCCGAAAGCGAAUCGAGGAGCUCGAGAAAUCCAUGUCAACAAAAGGCUUCCAGGCUAAAAUUGAUGUGGAAGGUGAGCUGGCAGAUUACAAGGUUGGAGAGGGGGAAGUCAAACUUCUCUGGACCGAUCUGCAGGACGCCCAGUAUGCUCGCUCAUGGCCGAGUACCGUCCAGCACGGAGAGCUUGAACCGAGUCGGGAACAUAUCAUCAGCCCUUCUCUGAAACUCAACUAA